UAUUAACCAGAUAGAUGAAUAUAGAUUUAAUCGAGCUUCCCUGAUAAAUGUUGGAUUUCUAGAAAGUAAUACAGAUUGUGACUAUAUAGCAAUGCAUGAUGUGGACCUUGUUCCUGUUACUGAUGGUCUUCCAUAUACUUACCCAGUAGAGGGACCAGUCCAUGUAGCAUCACCAGAACUACAUCCUAUUUACCAUUACAAAAAGUUUGUGGGAGGCAUUCUAUUGUUCAAUAGAUUUCAUUUUAUUAAGAUAAAUGGAAUGUCUAAUAGAUACUGGGGCUGGGGAAGAGAAGAUGAUGAACUUUAUGUUCGAAUUAAAAAGGCUGGUUUAAAUGUGACACGACCUCAAGGGAUAACAACUGGAUACAAGACAUUUAAACAUAUCCACAACAAAAUCAAGAGACCAAGAGAUAACAAAAGAUAUUUUAAUCAAACAGUACUGACGAGUCGCCUUGACAAAGAGACAGGUGUUACUAAUGUUAGAUACAAGGUAGACAGUAAAACCAAGAUUGUCAUUGAGGGAGCACCUGUCACUUUUAUCAAUGUUCAGUUAGAAUGUAACACAGUAUUAACACCUUGGUGUUUAAAACCUGAAGAUCAAAUAGAACUCAGGAGGAAACUGAGAUUACCAAUGCCCAAGGUCAAGUAAAAGAAGUUAAAAUGUAUGGACAGUGGAAAUUCUUUGCAAUCUUUAGUAAAAGGAGUUGAAAAUUUAGGAAAAAUUGAAAUCCUGUGUAGUCUUUAUUAAAAUAUACUUGACUAUGAAUUGAAAUCUUGGUUGUUUAUAACUAUUUAUGUUAUUUUCAAAACGGUUGUUAAAUUUUCCAAGUUUGACACUUUAAAAAUACAUAUUGGUGUCAUUUUUAAUCUAGAAACUUACAGAAGUCAAUAGGUAAUAGAUAAAUAUGCGAUAGUUAUUUUAGAGGAUCACAUAUUUAAAAAGGGAGGAAUGAAGUUAACAUUAUUGACCAUUUGCAAUCAAGUUAUUUGAACAAAAACUAAGCAGGUCAUUAUUCAGUAUGAUACAAACAAUGUGGAUUUGUUAUUCACAUUUCAGAAAAUAAUGCAUCCUGGGUAAUAUUAAAAAAAUGUAAACCAAAGCGUUAUAAUUUGUUAAAAAAUAUUCUACCAAAGAGGAAACAUUACAUUAUUUUCAUUUUAGUGUUUGAACACUGAAAUUACCCAUAAUCCUUUACAUUCAGAAAUGGUGAAUUGUUAUUACUUAUGUAUGUCUUCUUAUUCUGUGAUAUCAUUGAUCAGUUUACAAAUGUUGUUUAUAUUUAAAUAAUAUUGAUGAUGUAAAACUAGUCCAUAUUAAUUUUAAGCUUUUCAUUGUUUUUAAGAAUACUUUAUUAUUGAGCUUAAUCAACAUGGAUAUUAUUUUUAAACUGUUGUUAUAUGACCACAAAGUUGUAAGAGUUAUAUUUGUAUGGUGCUAUCAUAGAUUUCACUGGCAUUUCUUUGUUUUUGUCUUCUUACACAUGCACUUGUCUCUAAAAAAAACCCUAUUUACCUUAAUAUAACACAAGGUACCCCAAAAUAUCUGAUUACCAAACAAAAUGUAUAGUACCAGACAUUGAUCUCAAAGUUCUCUCUAAUAAUGAACUGGCUACCUCAUUCAAAAGUAUAAAGUGUAAUAUAAGAUAAAAAUUGAUUUUUAUACGGUUGCAAAAUUUUUCUUCGUCAUUCCAAGACAUUUGGUUUCCAGACUUGAAAAUAAGUGCAUGGAUAUUUAUGAAAUUGUACCACAAGGUUCCAUACCACGAAAAGGAAGAUUGGAAUUGGUUUUGGGGGUUAUUGUUCUAACUGUUUAGGAAUUAUAGUAGGGGCCAAAACGUGGCCAAAAACAAGCAUUUUUCUUGUUUCAGGACAAUAACUUGUGUAUAAUUGUAUGGAUCUCUAUAAAAUUGUACCACAAGGUUCCAUACCUGGAAGGAAGGUUGGGAUUGAUUUUGGGGGUUGUGGCCCUAACUAUUUAGGAAUAAGGGUCCAAAAAAUGAGGAUUUUCUGGUCACCAGACAAUAAUUUGAGUAAAAAACUAUGGAUCUCUAUGAAAUUGUACCACAAGGUUUCAUACCAAAAAAAGGAAGGUUGGGAUUGAAUUUAGGAGUAAAAGCCGUAACCGUUUAAGAAAAAGGGGCCAUUAACAAAACUUUUCUAAUACUUUGUAUAAAUUGCUUAUUUUUUUAUUAUUUUCAAUGAGAUUAUUUUCAAAGUCUUGAAUUCUGUGGUUCUUUAUUAUUCUGAAUCUAAGUGUAUUUAGAUUUUUAAUUUUAGACCCUGUUUUCAAAUUGGUCCAUAUUAAGUUCCAAAGGGUCCAAAAUUAAACUUAGUUUGAUUUUAACAAAUAUUGAAUUCUUGGGGUUCUUUGAUAUGCUGAAUCUAAACAGUUAUUUAUGUUUUGAUUAUGGGCCCAGUUUUCAAGUUGGUCCAAAUCGGGGUCCAAAAUUAAACUUUGUUUGAUUUCAACAAAAUGGAAUAUAUGGGGUUCUUUGAUAUGCUGAAUCUAACUGUGUAUUUAGAUUUUGGAUUUUGGGCCCAAUUAUCAAAUUGGUCUACAUUGAGGUCCAAAGGGUCUAAAAUUAAACUUUUGUUUGAUUUCAUUAAAAAUUAAAUUCUUGGGGAUCUUUGAUAUGCUGAAUCUAACCAUGCAUUUAGAUUUUGGAUAUUGGACCAUAAAAGGUAAAUGUUCAAUUUCAAAUUUUUAAGUUCUUAAGACCACAUUAAUUUUGUGUCAGAAACCUAUGCAAUGUCAAAUAUUUGUUCACAAUCAAAUUCAGAGCUGUAUCAAGCUUGAAUGUUGUUCAGGUUUCGACCUCUGCAGUUGUAUCAAGAUGCACCCUGCCAUACAGGAAUAUUUUUACUGCCAAAGACCAAUUAUUUUACAAUGCAGUCAGUUAUUUACAGGUAAAUUAUUAAAGAAUUUAGUUUUAGCAAUUAGAAAUGUAAUUGAAAUUAGACCAAAAAUUCAGCAUUUUGUAAAUAUUGUCAUAGUUUUGUUGUUAACAGAUGUUAUUCUCUACAAAAUAUUGUAAAUGAUAUUUAACAAAUUUACAUUUUUGUUAUUAGGAGGUUAUUACAUUGUCAUAAACUCACAUCUCAUUUUCAUCAUAAAUAAGGUCAUAUAUAGGUGUCAAAAUCUCCAAACGGUGAAAUAUUCCCCAAUAAAUUUUCUGUGCCAUUUUUUAGUCCACUUACUGUUAUUUUUAAUAACAACAUAAAUGCAAGUUGCAUAUUUUUAUUUUGACGUUAAAUAUUUAGUUAGAUUUUUGGUUGUUGUUCAUAACAGUAAUUGACAUAGCCGGUUUUGCAAUGACGAACUUUAAGACUGUUCAACUUUAGAGCGAGGCACGUCUGUAUUUUGUUUGCAACAUAUUUUAAGUUGUAUCAUUGUUUUUUAUGCCCCACCUAGGGGCAUUAUGUUUUUUUCGGUCUGUGCAUCCGUUCGUUUGUCCAUCUGUCCCGCUUCAGGUUAAAGUUUUUGGUCAAGGUAGUUUUUGAUGAGUUGAAGUCCCAAUCAACUUGAAACUUAGUACACAUGUUCCCUAUGAUAUGAUCUUUCUAAUUUGAAUGCCAAAUUAGAGUUUUUACCCCAAUUUCAUGGUCCACUGAACAUAGAAAAUGAUAGUGCGAGUGGGGCGUCCGUGUAAUAUGGACACAUUCUUGUUUAACAUUGAAAAUAUUCUUUCAAAAUUAUCAUUAUGACUGGUAACACAAUGCAAUCUUUAGCUACUUCGAACAAAAUUGAAAAUCUUUUGGAAGAACAUACAACUCUCUUGAAGCAACUAAAAUAUUUACUGUGCAUAAAUUACAGCACACCAUCACAAAGCUUUCGUCAAUUCUGGGAAAACAUAACAGGAUUUGUUUUUCUCUCUUUGGUUCUUGUGGUUCUAAGGUGUUACCCAACACUUUAACUAAAAUAGAUUUGGCUCGUUUAGUUUUCAUAAAUUUUUGACAAAAUAUUAUUUUUUGACCUGUUAUCAAAGAUAUAAAAAUUUAAAGAAAUUUAAACCAUACAAUUUACAGGAAUAAUUUCAUUGAACAAAUAGUAGUUUGACACACUAAUUUUGAUAAUUUUGAAGCUUGAUUUCUCUUCACUACUAUUAUGUGAUUAAAACUUUAAGCUCAUUUUUAAAGAGUUAACUCCCUUAGGUGUUUUGUACCCCUUAAAGGAAUAUGAUGGCAUUUUUAGAAAUGUCAGAAAAAAAGGAGAGGUACUCACCUGAAUGUGAACAGCUAAUAAUGAACAAUAUUUCAUUACUACCGUACGAUCAGAUGAACUACAACAUGUUCCAAAUGAGCAGGUGACAAUUUGAAAAAAAUGGAGUUGGAAAUUUUGGAAAAUAUUGUGAGGUUCUUGUUGAGAUCGGGAGAGUUUACAAUUAUUAAAGGUAGAAAUAGUAGGUUUUUCUCUUCAUUUAUAGUAGAUGACAGGGAUGGGCACGAUUACUGACAAAUGUAAUCGAUUAAUAAUCGAUAACAUGAAGGUAUUUUGUGCAAUCGAUUAAUAAUCGAUUACUCAGAUUUUUGUAUGUAAUCGAUUGCAAUCGAUUACUUUAUCAAAAGUAAUUACAUUACUUUUCGAUUACUGUCAAUUACAUUCUUCAAAAUUUAAAAAA